CCAUUUCCAGCUUCGUCUUCAUCUUGGCUUGGCGCGCUAUAUAAAGGGAGACCCAUGGCGCGAGCUAGCCAGGAUCGAUCCAUCACUUGCAGCAUUUGCGAUUUCUCUCUCAGCUUAAUUCGCAUCAAGUCAACCAUGUCUUCGGCGACGGCGACGGCGUCCGGUGGGCUGCAUGCCGCCGGCGGCGAGUGGCUCGGCGAGCUCUCCGCCGCGCUGCAGGGGAAGUGGCAGGCCAUGGUGAGCACAGACCAGCGGCGGCGGCGGCAGAGGGGAGAUGAGGCAGACGAGAAGAAGGGGGUCGCCGGCGCCGGCGCCGCCCUCGGCGUGGAGACGAGGAGGAGGAAAGAGGAGGGAGACGUCGGCGCGUGCGGCGGCGCCAUGUCCGACACCACCGUCUUCCUCCUCCUCGACCACUUCGCGCCCAGCUGAUCGUCCGUGACGUCACCCAUGGCGCGCCCCCGAGCUAAUCGUGACGUCAUAGACGCGUUUGUAAAGAGAAGAGUAGUAGACGAUGACGCGUAUCCCCGGGAGGAAAUGGCAAGCCACGCUGUAUAUAUUUGACUUGUCGCUGCUGCUACUACUUGCUUCAGUUCACUCUCAUGUGUAAAUAAAAAAUAAGAAUGCAGUAUUUUUCCUACCCA